AUGGAAGUGCAGAAGGAUACAGUAGUGGGGGCACAUGAUGCCCCCAUUCGUUGUGUGGAGUACUGCCCGGAGGUAAAUGUUAUGGUAACUGGGAGCUGGGACAGAUCAGUCCGACUGUGGGAUCCACGAACGCCCUGCAAUGCUGGCACCUUUACUCAACCUGAAAAGGUCUACACCCUCUCUGUGGCUGGAGACAGGCUGAUUGUGGGUACAGCAGGAAGACGAGUUUUGGUGUGGGAUUUACGAAACAUGGGCUACGUACAGCAAAGACGAGAGUCCAGCCUCAAGUAUCAGACUCGCUGCAUCAGAGCCUUCCCCAACAAACAGGGCUACGUGUUGAGUUCAAUCGAAGGUCGUGUUGCUGUGGAGUACCUGGAUCCGAGCCAGGAGGUUCAGAAGAAGAAAUACGCCUUCAAGUGCCACAGGUUAAAGGAGGAGGGAAUUGAACAGGUCUACCCUGUCAACGCCAUUUCGUUUCAUGGCUUCCACAACACCUUUGCAACAGGUGGCUCCGACGGCUUUGUCAAUAUCUGGGAUCCAUUCAACAAAAAGCGCCUGUGUCAGUUCCACCGUUACCCUACCAGCAUUGCUUCACUGGCUUUCAGCAAUGAUGGUACCAUGCUGGCCAUUGCCUCCUCCUACAUGUUUGAGAAAGGAGACAUCUCCCAUCCAGAGGACGCUAUCUUCAUUCGUCAAGUAACAGAUGCUGAGACAAAGCCCAAGUCAACCUAAAACUGGAGAAUAUCUCUCCCCUUGCCAGACUCCGUGAUCCUCUGUGCUAAUAUUAUUUCUGCUUUCCCUUCACAACUUUUUACAUCUCUUUGUUUGCUGUUAUUCCCGCAGUGUAUAUAUAUAUGUUUUCUGUGUUUUCUUCUAUUGUCCUGAGUUAUGCUGUUAUAAAAGAUAACCUUCAACAGCCAACUGUGUAUUUGACUGUAGAAUGCUGUCACUUUAACAGGCUCCAUAUUUUCAUAUCGAGUAACUGCUGAUGUGAUUUGAUAAUAAAAGCUUUUUAUUAACUUUUAGCAUUAACUUCAUUCUCCAAAGUUUUCACAUACCAGUAGGAGAAUAUGAGACUUAUUAGGAAUGUGUCAAAGCAGAGACAAAGUGAUCAUUCACUGGUUAUGCUAGGGGCUACACUUGCCCCCAGACGCUGACCUGUGCUGAUAGACACCAUAGCUUUGUUGUUCAAAGUAC